ACCGAGACAGAAACAGAUAGACGAGUCAAAAGAUCUUCCAUGCUUCCAAUAUCCAAAGAUUGAUGGUUGGCAGACGUAUGAAAUGGCAUCAACAAUAUCUGGAGGGUCAAAGCCUGACAUUUCAGCCCAGAAUCAUGCAUCGGGAUGUCAGUAUCUGGGCCCUGGAGAUGGAGACCAAAACGUGGUGAGCAGUAAUGGCGUUCAGUUCAACGAUCGUAGCGAUCACCGACAGUACACUACAUUUGCACUCAACCUGCAAACAGAUGUUCAAGGAAUCCCAUCUGUCUGGAACCUGGCUCAAGCCCUGAGAGCAUCCAAGACUGAGCCGAAUGAGCCAACCGCAACCGUCUUGAUUGACUGGUUGAUGCGCCAGGCUGAAUGCUCCCCUCUGGACGUUAAUCGUCAGCACCUUGAAAUUGUUAAUCAGGCGACACCGGACACUGGUAAAUGGAUACUUGAUAACCAGGAGAUACAACAGUGGCAGGCCCCUUCUAUCACGUCUCAUCGCUGUCUUGGAAUCCACGGGAUUCUGGGAUCCGGAAAGACAGUGCUUGUGUCGCUCAUAAUAGAUGCCAUAAAAGCUGAUAUCAAAGAGAAGAGUGAUACUGCUUGCAUCUACUUCUACUUUCACGAGGGAGAUGAUAAGUCGCCUCCAGCUGCCCGAGUAUGGUCAACGCUGCUUCUCCAACUUCUACAACAUCAAGGGACUACAGAUCUCGCUCAAGAUCUGAAAUCCAAGUAUAACAACUCAUUUCGUGGUACAGCUCCCAUUCACCCAAUAGAAUACUUCAAUUUGUUCAAAGCGCAGGCCUCGAAGUUUAAAAUAGUCUACCUGAUUAUUGAUGCUUUGGACAGCUGCACAAAUAGUGAGGGAGAAAGAACUCGACAGAGAAUGCAAGAAGCGCUGAGAAAGUUGCCGCAGAAUAUUCGAGUUCUCUUUACUUCGAGAAGUGACUCCCUUAUACGCGACCUUGGAAUUAGUCAACGACUACAUAUAACACCACAUGAGAGCGAUAUAAGAAGAUAUGUCACAGACCAGAUCAACAGGGACUUGGAACUUCAUCGAGUAUUGGCAGAUGCAGCUUACCAAGAUGAAGUGAUUACUAGGGUUACUGAGCUGACUUUGAAGAGCGGAAUGUUCCUUCUAGCCAAGCUUCACCUACAUGACCUCAGUAACCAGGGUACCUUGACAGAUAUCAAAGAGGCUCUUAAACAACUACCUGCUUCGUCAUCACGCGCCUUCGAAUCGUCUAUUCGAAGGAUUCUUUCCAGUGACAAUACCUUCGAAACCGAACUAGCCAAGCACGUUUUUACCUGGACGGUAAAUGCCAAAGUUGGCCUGACCGUGGAUCAAGUCCGUGAUAGCUUCGCCAUACAGAAAAGUCAGGGAAAUCAAUACCAAGACUCACGGCCACCGACAGAUGCAAUUCUGUCUUCCUGUGCUGGCUUGAUAGUGGAAGAUCACGAAACAAAGACUUUAAGACUUGUGCACGAGUCACUGAAGAAUCACCUACAGAGACAUGAAGUCUUCUAUAAGCACCCGGACUUGACAAUAGCCAAGAUAUGCUUAACGUCUCUUUUGCUGAAAGGGUCUGGUCCGUUGCACAGCCCACUUCUCGUCUACUCUGCAACUUAUUGGUGUUCCCACAUUUGCAAACCCUUCGACUCAGAGUUGCAGAAACUGGUAAAGAGAUUCUUGUCAGACAAUGUCAGUCUGACUAGAGCGUUCAGGUUGAUUCCAGGAGUCUCGGGCGGUAACUUUGAUGGGAUGACCGGGUUACACGCGGCGGUAUACUUCAAUCGCCUCACAUGGAUCAAACGCCUUCUGAAAUCCGGCAUAGAUAUCAAUUCUAGAUGCUCAAACGGCCAAACGGCUUUGCACUGGGCGGCAAUACAUGGCAGACACAAGCUUCUAACCUACUUGGUCCAAAAGUCUGCAGAUACCAACAUUCAGGACAAGUCUGGUGAUACAGCUUUGCACAAGUUACUCAUGGGACCUACCACCGAGGGCUUGCGAGCUGUCCGCUCUCUUAUCCGUGGAGGCGCUAGGAUCGAUCUCAAAGGGAGCAAGGGGCUAACGCCUUUAUCAUCUGCUAUUCGUUAUGGCCCGACUUCGAUAGCUCUUCUGCUGAUCAAAAGCCAGAAAGAUGUUAAUGUUGAGGUUACAGCAGGAUGGACUUCGCUGAGGGAAGUCUUUUAUCAUGCUCACGAGAUGAUUCAUAAGUUGAGCCAUAAUAAUAGCUCUUCUGAUGACGGAUGGACGCCUCUCAGAGACGCAGUGAGGAAUCACGUCUACUGCCUGAUACACUUUCUCCUGAACAGAGGUGUGGAUCUCAAUCGCCCUACGAGUGAUGGGUGGCUACCAGUGCUCCAUAUCGUUAAAGGUGGAAGCUCAGUAGUCCUCCAACGUUUGCUAGAGCGGCAACCAAACCCAGCUGAUGCCAAUCAACGAGAUGUAAAAGACGGGAAAUCUGCUCUUCAUUGGGCUUUUUAUUACAAACAACACUCUGCGAUCAGAUUGUUAAUAGAGCACGGAGCAAAUGUGAACGAAAAAGACCCUGAGGGAUGGACACCGCUCAUCCAGGCUAUUUGUGAGAAGAACGAGGACUUGGUCUGGCUACUCAUCAAAAAAGGCGCCCAGGUCGAUCAGAAGGAUGCAAAGGGGUGGCUACCUCUGCACUACGCCAUUGAGUUCCGGAGCACUGGCGUAGUCUGGCUUUUGAUAUUGAAUGGAGCCGAUGUGAAGCUCAGGCACAUCAACGUCCCCAGUGUUCUUGAUCUGGCACUGCAAAAGGCUGAAUAUUCUUUUGCAUGGCUGCUCUGUCAGCAUGGGGCCGAUAUCAAUGAGGUGGAUGAGAAAGGCAUGACUAGAUUGCAUCGAGCUUCUUAUAGCGGACGGGUGAAGGACGUGGAGUUCCUCCUUACGAAUGGCGUCGAGCCUGGGAUGAAGGAUACGGCUGGAUUCACUGCACUCCACUAUGCAGUGCUGGGAGGCUCGGAGGCGGUAGUGAGGCUUCUUGCAUCAAGAUGUUCUCUGAGGGAGGUCAUUGACGAGCCUGAUGUCAAGGGCAACACAGCGUUAAUACUCGCAACCUUACGACGAAAUAAGCCCAUGGUGCGAGCUCUCGUUGACAAUGGGGCAUCUCUCGAACUUCAAGAUUCAGCUGGCGUGACGGCACUCCAUCAUGCUGCCAGGCUAGGUUUUGAGGGUGGCGUCAAAUUGAUCAUCAAUCAAUCUCUGGAUAUCAACAUGCCGGACAAACAAGGAUACACGGCUGUCCAUCAUGCAGUCAACAGCACCGAGGCGAGCAGCCACACGAUUAGGCUGCUCAAGGAAGCAGGAGCGGACUUGGACGUACAGGAUCAUGCUGGGCUCACACCGUUGAUGUUAGCAGUUCAUCUCGGAAUGUUCCCUGAGGCGCGACAGCUUUUGUCCCAGGGAGCCGACCGCCAUGUGAGGAAUGCACAGGGUUGGUCAGCGAUCGAUGUGCUUAAAUCUCCAGGGCACCAGAGUAGGAAACAUGAUCAGAUCAGAGUUUGGCUUGAGGAAUCAUCCUCAAACUCUUCUUUUGAAGGUUCGAAUUCCGGAUAUGGACUGUAUGGCUAUGACGAUUAUGAUGCAUUAUAGAAGUACCUAACACAAUUCUCAUCACUUGUAUACCAGACUUCCAUCUUGAUCAAUAGAUCAUGUUUGCGU